CGGCGGCGGCAGCGGCCCGGCGGGCGGAGUGGCGCGGGCAUGGCCGCGCGUGGCCGGCGUGCCUGGCUCAGUGUGCUGCUCGGGCUCGUGCUGGGCUUCGUGCUGGCCUCACGACUUGUCCUGCCCCGCGCCUCCGAGCUGAAGCGAGUGGGCCCGCGGCGUCGUGCCAGCCUCGAGAGCUGCCGGCCCGGGCAAGCCGCGGUAUCCCAGGCCGGCGGGGCGCGUGGCAGUGCGCGUGGCUCGCAGCUCUGGCCGCACGACUCGGCCCCGGAUGGCGGCCCGCGCGACAGGAACUUUCUCUUCGUGGGAGUCAUGACCGCCCAGAAAUACCUGCAGACCCGCGCCGUGGCGGCCUACAGAACGUGGUCCAAGACAAUUCCUGGGAAGGUGGAGUUCUUCUCUAGUGAGGGCUCAGACACAUCCAUCCCAAUUCCCAUAGUGCCACUUCGGGGAGUUGACGACUCCUACCCGCCCCAGAAGAAGUCCUUUAUGAUGCUCAAGUACAUGCAUGACCACUACCUGGACAAGUUUGAAUGGUUUAUGAGGGCAGACGAUGACGUUUACAUCAAAGGAGAGCGUCUGGAGAGCUUCCUGAGGAGUUUGAAUAGCAGCGAGCCUCUCUUUCUGGGGCAGACAGGCCUGGGCACCACAGAAGAAAUGGGGAAACUGGCUCUGGAGCCUGGUGAGAACUUCUGCAUGGGGGGGCCUGGUGUGAUCAUGAGCCGGGAGGUGCUUCGCAGAAUGGUGCCACACAUUGGCAAGUGUCUGCGGGAAAUGUACACCACUCAUGAGGACGUGGAGGUGGGAAGAUGUGUCCGGAGGUUCGCAGGCGUGCAGUGUGUCUGGUCUUAUGAGAUGCAGCAGCUUUUUUAUGAGAAUUAUGAACAGAACAAGAAGGGGUACAUUAGAGAUCUCCAUAACAGUAAAAUUCACCGAGCCAUCACAUUGCACCCCAACAAAAACCCACCUUACCAGUACAGGCUUCACAGCUACAUGCUGAGUCGCAAGAUCGCCGAGCUGCGCCACCGCACAAUCCAGCUCCACCGAGAAAUCGUCCUGAUGAGCAAGUAUAGCAACACAGAGAUCCACAAGGAAGACCUGCAGCUGGGAAUCCCCCCUUCCUUCAUGCGGUUUCAGGCCCGCCAGCGAGAGGAGAUUCUGGAAUGGGAGUUUCUGACAGGGAAAUACCUGUAUUCAGCCAUCGAAGGCCAGCCUCCCCGGAGAGGGAUGGACUCAGCACAGAGGGAAGCCUUGGAUGACAUUGUCAUGCAGGUGAUGGAGAUGAUCAACGCCAACGCCAAGACCCGAGGACGCAUCAUCGACUUCAAGGAGAUCCAGUAUGGCUACCGCCGAGUGAACCCCAUGUACGGGGCAGAGUACAUACUGGACCUGCUGCUCCUGUACAAGAAGCACAAAGGGAAGAAGAUGACAGUCCCCGUGCGCAGGCAUGCCUACCUGCAGCAGACCUUCAGCAAGAUCCAGUUCGUGGAACAUGAGGAGCUGGACGCACAGGAGCUGGCCAACAGAAUCAACCAGGACUCUGGAUCCCUGUCCUUUCUCUCUAAUUCCCUGAAGAAGCUUGUUCCCUUCCAGCUCCCGGGGUCCAAGAAUGAGCACAAAGAGCCCAAAGACAAAAAGAUCAACAUUCUGAUUCCUUUGUCUGGACGUUUUGAUAUGUUUGUGAGAUUCAUGGGGAACUUCGAGAAGACCUGUCUCAUUCCCAACCAGAACGUCAAGCUCGUAGUGCUGCUUUUCAAUUCUGACUCCAACCCAGAUAAGGCCAAACAAGUUGAACUGAUGCGAGAUUACCGCGUUAAGUAUCCGAAAGCCGACAUGCAGAUUUUGCCGGUGUCUGGAGAGUUUUCAAGAGCUCUGGCCCUCGAAGUAGGCUCCUCCCAGUUUAAUAAUGAGUCUUUGCUCUUCUUCUGUGACGUUGACCUCGUGUUCACUCCGGAAUUCCUGCAACGGUGUCGAGCAAACACAGUUUUGGGCCAACAAACCUAUUUCCCAAUCAUCUUCAGCCAGUAUGAUCCAAAGAUUGUUUAUAGUGGGAAAGCUCCCAGUGACAACCAUUUUGCCUUUACUCAAAAAACUGGCUUCUGGAGAAACUAUGGGUUUGGCAUUACUUGUAUUUAUAAGGGAGAUCUUGUCCGAGCAGGCGGCUUUGAUGUCUCCAUCCAGGGCUGGGGCCUGGAGGAUGUGGAUCUCUUCAACAAGGUCGUCCAGGCGGGUUUGAAGACAUUCAGGAGCCAGGAGGUAGGCGUAGUCCACGUGCACCACCCUGUCUUCUGUGACCCCAAUCUGGAUCCCAAACAGUACAAAAUGUGCCUAGGGUCCAAGGCGUCGACCUACGGGUCCACACAGCAGCUGGCUGAGAUGUGGCUGGAGAAAAACGAUCCAAGCUACAGUAAAAGCAGCAAUAAUAACGGCUCCACACAGACAGCCUGAUGUCCAGCUCUGCUGGACAUGACAUUUUAAUUACCUAAUUUAUUUUUCAAAAAUUUUUUGUAUGACCAGUUUUUGAAGUCCAUACAAGGAUAUAUUUUCCAAGUGGUUUUCUUACAUAGGACUCCUUUAAGAUUGAGCUUUUUGAACAAAAAUGUGAUCAAUGUUUGCCUUUGAACACAUCUUGCUGAUGUAGCAGACCUGCUUAGUUCUGACUUGAAACAUACCUGAUGAACAAAACUGUUUUUGCUGUUUUGUUUUUUACAUUUCUUUUCCAGACCCUACAGUCCUAUGGCAGAGAACGUGAACAUUCCGACAAAGUAUUAUUGUAACAAAACACUGUAACUCUGGUCAAUGUUCUGUUGUGACUGCUAACCUUGCACAAAUUCUACCUUUUGUCUUUUGUCUUUUUUUUUUUUCCACAAGUUUUUUUGUAAGCCAUCUCAAGUUUCAGUUAUAAGUUAAGGAAAUGUGAUAAUAGCUGUAUAUCAUCGUCUUCAGGACAGCUUUCCCCAAAUUGUGCCCCACCCAUGGUGGUCGAGUAGGAAUUUGGAGCAGGGGAGUGAGGAGAGCACAGUGAAAGCUGGGGUCAUUCCUGUUGUAAUUCCUUUGGUCUAAACGGUCCUGACUUAACCUCCAACAAGGAAUUGGCAUUUUCUUUCUUCCUGACCCGUCUCAUUAGAGGGGACAACAUUAAUAUUUAGAAUGACAAAGAAGAUUGUUGUAAUAAUUCGAAUGUAUGCAAGCUAAACUAAGAAACAAAAACAACCGAUGAAAACGUUGUGGGGACGCAUUGGGCUUUGUUUACUUCAUCAUGUCUGUGUUAUGUUGGUGGAGAUGGUUACUUCAUUUUUAAUUACUGUUUUGUUUUAUCCUUUGUAUCUGAGAUACCUUUAAUUUAUUUAAUAUCCAUUGUUUAGAGCUCUGCCAUUUCUUGAGUACCUCUUAGUCAUUAGUAUUUAUGUGUACCAGAGUGUGGUUACUAUGUCUUAUUUGCAGUAAACUGAUCUCCAAAGAUUUCCUUUGAAAACACUUUUCCCCUUCUUAAUUUUUACAUUCCUGUUUUACUAAAUGUUAAGUGUUCUUGGACAAUUUUGGUGCUCACAUGUUUUGGGGACAAAGUGAAAUGAAUCUGUCAUUACACCACAAUGCUUGUUUUCAACUCACAGAUCAAAUGUGCCUUAAUAAUUUUUUUUCAUUUAGGUUUCAAACAGUUGAUAGACUUGCCAUUUUAAAUACACAUUGUUGGAGAUCUGCUUAUUUGUAAAUAGCCUAUUGCUCAUUUGGAAAAAUAAACCAGUGGACAAUAUUUUUCUACUGUA